UGCUUAGCACAGGAAUGAAGAUGGUUUGUUACAGAGUCUGCUUGUGGUCUGUCUCAGCCGUGCUGCUGCUAUUGAGUGACUUUGUUCAUUGCAGAAAGAAGCCUUGCCAGGAUGAAUGCUGUCAAUAUAUUGAGAGAUUUCCUGCAAAGCUGAAGGAACUGAGGGGUGCUUUCAAGAACAUUAGAGAGUAUUAUGAAGCCAAAGAUGAUAUCUUUGAAACUGCUCUAAUAGAUGAGAAUCUGCUCGACGGUUUACAGCUGCAGCAAUGCCUGUCUCCUAUAUUGCAGAGUUCCUUCGGUUGUCAUUUGAUGAAUCAGAUGCUGCAUUUUUACUUGAAGGAUGUAAUCCCUCCAGCUGUCAAUCUGGGUCACACUGACUCUGUGACCAUCAACCCUGCUGUCGACAUGAUAGGAGGAAUACUCCAUGACUUCAAGCACACCCUAAAACGCUGUAGAAGAUUCUUUUCGUGCAACAAGAAAGGCUUCAGUUUGGAAGAUUUAAAGAACCAGUUUGGAAAUUUGCAGGAGAAAGGGGUAUAUAAAGCGAUGGGGGAACUUGGCCUUUUCUUUAACUAUAUUGAAGAGUAUUUGACAGCAAAGAGACAUCACUAAGGAUCUACCUCAGCUCUCUCUUGACCGCACCGGGAACACGAUCUGAAUGUAGCAUCUUCAGGAGUCUCGAACGAUGGCCUAAAGCAAAAACUGUCCUUUAGGUAAAAAUGUAGAGAACGACAGAAGCUGCUGUAAACGGUGGCUUCUCCAUAUACUACAUGGUUAGAUAAUGUUUGGUUUUUGCUCCAGGCUGUCAAUAUUUAAUAAACGAUGCCCUGCUUAUCUCACACCGUUCAACACUACUUGCAACUAAAACAUUUCUUUUAUUGAAAUGUCGCUUAAGCAAAACAUGAGGUGUCGUUAUUUUUUAAUGCAGUGUGUAUGGUUCUAAUAGAACUAGUGUUCUAAAUACUCUACUUUGUAAUUGCUUCAGGGUUUUUGUGUGCUGUAAACUGCAGUCUUUGUUCUAUUUUACAAAACAUCAAGUGACAGCGACACCAGUUUUAUUUACUCAGUAUUUCAUACUCUGGCUUUUAUAAUGAUCUCUUUUCUAAAACGACUUUUUUAGUCAUCCAUGAAACCAUGAAAUAUCUAUAAAUGUGUUAUAAAAAUGUGUUAAACUAUACUAGACAGUUAUUAAUUGCAGGUACCCUAGUAAUGCGUCACUAAGAUGUAAUUGCAAUAAACUGUUCUUUCUUGUUAUUAGCGUUCAGCACAUGUAAUAACACAGUUAUAGAUGUUUAAUAGAGUAAUAGAUAUUUAAAUACAGUUUUUGUGUUAUUAUUUAUAUAAUAAUUAAGAAAUACAGAGUGUGUAGGCUGCAAUUAAAGUAUUUAUUUAGCUGUCAGAUAGUUGAUUUAUAAUAUGAAGAUGCAGUAUUUUAAUUUAUAAAAGAAAGUCAGUUCUUUAUAUUUCUUUUUUUACUUCAGUGUCCAGGUAUUUAUUUAAUGAUUGAUGAUGUUAAUCAGGCUUUAAUGUAUGUUUGUUGUUUGUCUGUUUGCUGUGUGCAAUUCUACAGAUGGUUAAAUGCUCAGGUUAAAAAGUGGACUUGCAACCCACUGCUUUAUAUGAAGUCACAACAGUUCUACUGUGACAGGGAUGUAUUUUGUUUUAUUGUCAGUCAAUAUUGAGACAGUGUUAUGUCCAUUGUAUAUCUUUAUCCACAUUUCGCAAUAAAAAUAUUUUAAACCCA